AUGUUGAACCGGUUAGACCGAGAAGAAGACUCUGAGAGAAAAGAGGAAGAAGAAGAAGACUCACGCAAAAACAAACAACAUGCCUCUCGAAUUCCUGCUUUUCACAAAACAUUAGCCAAAAAACGCCCCACCACCACCACCACCACCAGCAGCAGCAGCAGUCAAAGCUCAGAUCCACCUGCCCCGUCUAUUACCAGAAAAGAGUCUUCUAGCCAGGCAUCUUCAACAAGCAGCAGUGGGGAGAUGUCAAGAUCAAAACUGCCCGGUAUUAGAGAAACAGGUCUCCCUCUUCCUACAGUCCGUCUACAUAAACUCAACCCUCAGACCCUGUCUCAUGCUGUUAGCUCCCCAGAGCAAAGCCCCAGCUCUCUGGAUGUUACUCCACCUGAUGGGGAUGAUCAGGAGCAGCUCCAUCCCAUGACGGCAACCCCUAGACCGGCCCUCAGGGCCGAAGCAGGGGACUAUGGUGACCCAGGAAAACCACUCCAGACCACCGAAGAGCUCGCCACUCCAUCUCAAUAUAAAAUUGAGACAUUCCUCACCACCACUGAAACUGUGCAGAAGGGCACGGAGGAAGAGUUUGAGGCUGAGGUUAGAAUGGAUAGUGGCGACAUCUCUGGUCACGCUGAAAAGGAAUCCCUAGAGAUAGUUGAGAGUGAGAAGGAGGAGACUGAUCUGAAUCAGCCUGAUGAUGAUGAUGUGGAAACGGGCUAUGAGGAAACUCCCUGUGAGGCUGAGGCCACGGAGAUUGAGUUUCUAUUAGAAGAGGAUGGAGAUGGGUUGGACUCCCCAUUGCGGGAGGAGAAGGAGCUUGAGGAGCCAAGUGUUGAGACUGAGCGCUUCAGUGAAUCUGAGGCUGUUAGUAAAAAUCGAGACAAGUCUGCAAACGAGGAGAUGGUUUCUGGAAAAUGGUCCAAAAACCCUGACGAUACAACCGACGCUGAUACCUCAGUCCCCUCGCCCAGAGCAGUGCCUCAGAGAACAACUAGAUCCAGUCAGUCGAACAAGGUGAGGCAUCUAGAUAUCCGUUAUUUCUCUUGCUAUUACCCAUCUUGGGUAAUAGCAACGCCUUAGGAAAAAUCUGUAUUGUAUUUAUUGUCUGCAGUUUUAUGUCCUUUUGUCUGUGCUUGCUUUGUUUUGAAUGGAUGCUCUGCACAGAGCCACAAACAGAAUGACUCCAUGGGGGAUAAGAGUCAUUAUCUUAUCCUAAUCUCAACGACAUACAAACAAUCCCAUAUUCCUUCUUGUAAUAGUUAUUGUAAUCUGUUCUCUUGCUUCAUGUUUUAAAAUCUCACUCUUCAAUUUGUAGACGUCGUGGUGCUGGAGCUUUGCACUAUUCUGCCUUUUCCCCUCCACUCUGCUUGUGAUUGGGGGACUGGGUCAACACGUCUGGCACUAUGGGAUGCCUCUGUCGGUGUCACAGUUGGUGGGACAGUUGGAGCUGCACUGGCUGGAGGGACUGUGGGUGCAACACGAGCCUUGUAACUCAGAUUGUCGGUGAGAAAAGUGUUACAGAACAUAAUUGUAACUUUUUUGUUUGACCCCUUUCACAAAUAUAUGUUUUAUAUGUAAUUUUAUAAGUAAUGCAAUCUUUCACAGCUUUUGGUGGAUGGUGGGACGGAGGACAGAUAUAGAUUUAUCAGAGAAUAUUUUAGUCCCAAAUGGCACCCUAUUGUCUACACAGUGCAGUGCUUUUGACCUUUUAACCCUAUGGGUGGCUCUGGUCAAAAGCAGAGCGCAAUCUAGGGAAUAGGGUGCCAUUUGGGACACAGCCGUGGGUUUGUCACCGUUGGCAUCAUCUACCACAGUGUUUGACGUUGUCAUUAGGAAGGGUUUGAGCGUAUUGGGAUGUCCAGUCCCUUUUUUUAAAGAGCGACUGCCUUUUUAAAAAGCAACGAGUACCUAUGUGGCGUAGAUAUGAGUCAGAAACAUUUAUUCUGUCAAAAUUGACUACAAAGUGUAAAUGGGAUCAUUUUGGUCAGAAAGUCAGUCUCGUCUAAAGCGGAGUUUGGAACAUCCCAUGCGUCGCAACGGGUAAAUGAAGGUUGGGUUUUGAUUUGACGAUGUCCAUUUGCCCACUAAUAUGGGGUGAACAGCUGCGGUGACUACCCUCUAUCCUAUAGCACAGACUGAGCUAUAGACUUGCUCAUCAGCUCCAACUGUUUACAUAAGACAACACGCCACACAUUUUUUAACUUGAGAAAUACUGCACCCAACACCUUAGUUGGAUGUAAAAUUGCACAACUGAAACAUCCUCGGCAAAAAACGGUAACUCAGGAAAUCGGCAAUUCAUUUAAUCUUAGAUUCAUUCUGGGGAUUUUGAGGAAGUGAAAUAGGCUUCCGCGUCUACAGUUUCUCAUGGGGGACAAACCUCAUUAAACAAACGCAGAAUCGGUCAGGAAACACACCACCUCCAAGACUGAAAUCUCGUUUUUUUUCUAAUGAGCAACAGCAAAAACACACGAGCCAAUCAGCGAGUUCAGUGGCUCUUUUUAAGAAGACCUCCGGUAGCUGGAUCUGUAAACUCCUCUGGCCCUCUCCCACACCAGAACCUGUCUGGUUCACCACCAGCCCAACACCUGCAGUGUGGGUGAAAUAGUUCUCUGACCAGUUGGAGGUUCCUGUGUUCACACAAUACAGGACUAGUCAAUUACAGGUCACUAGCCUGCUUCCAUUUCUCUUUGUGCUGUACAGCUAACUCCUAUAGUCAUAUUGGCUGAUCUGGGACCAGGCUAGCAGGUCAUCCUCAUGUCAUAAUGUCUUCACAGUCUGCACAAUGACGUUGAAGGUGUAAUUGAGUCUUGUGUGAACCAGGUCCGAUGACUAGUGAUGUACGGAAAGUAUUCAGACCCCUUGACUUUUCCCACAUUUUGUUACGUUACAGACUUAUUCUAAAAUGGAUUAAAUAUAUUUUGUUUCUUCUCAGCAAUCUACACACAAUACCCCAUAAUGACAAAGCGAAAACAGGUUUUUAGAAUUUUUAGCAAAUUUAUUACAAAUAAAAAAAACAGAUACCUUAUUUACAUAAGUAUUCAGACCCUUUGCUAUGAGACUCAAAAUUGAGCUCAGGUGCAUCCUGUUUCCAUUGAUCAUCCUUGAUGUUUCUACAACUUGAUUGGAGUCCACCUGUGGUAAAUUCAAUUGAUUGGACAUGAUUUGGAAAGGCACACACCUGUCUAGACAAAGCAGAUGAUUGUGGACUACAGGGAAAAAAAGAGGACUGAGCACGCCCCCAUUCUCAUCUAUGGGGCUGUAGUGGAACAGGUUGAGGGCUUCAAGUUGACCAGUUGGAGGUUAGUCAUAGACUGUUCUCUCUGCUACUGCACGGCAAGCGGUACCGGAGCGCCAAGUCUAGGUCCAAAAGGCUUCUUAACAGCUUCUACCUCCAAGCCAUAAGACUCCUGAACAGCUAAUCAAAUGGCUACCCGGUACCGCUUGCCGUGCGGUAGCAGAGAGAACAGUCUAUGACUAGGGUGGCUGGAGUCUUUGACAAUUUUUAGGGCCUUCCUUUGACACCGCCUGGUAUAGAGGUCCUGGAUGGCAGGAAGCUUGGCCCCAGUGAUGUACUGGGCCGUACGCACUACCCUCUGUAGUGCCUUGUGAUCAGAGGUGGAGCAAUUGCCAUACCAAGCGGUGAUGCAACCAGUCAGGAUGCUCUCGAUGGUGCAGCUGUAUAACUUUUUGAGGAUCUGAGGACCCAUGCCAAAUCUUUUCAGUCUCCUGAGGGGGAAUAGGUGUUGUCGUGCCCUCUUCACGACUGUCUUGGUGUGUUUGGACCAUGAUAGUUUGUUGGUGAUGUGGACACCAAGGAACUUGAAGCUCUCAACCUGUUCCACUACAGCCCCGUCGAUGAGAAUGGGGGCUUGCUUGGUCCUCCUUUUCCUGUAGUCCACAAUCAUCUCCUCUGUCUUGAUCACGUUGAGGAAGAGGUUGUUAUCCUGGCACCACACGUCUCUGACCUCAUCCCUAUAAGCUGUCUCAUCGUUGUCGUGAUCAGGCCUACCACUGUUGUGUCGUCGGCAAACUUAAUGAUGGUGUUGGAGUCGUGCCUGGCCAUACAGUCAUGGGUGAGCAGGGAGUUCAGGAGGGGACUGAGCACGCACCCCUGAGGGGCCCCCGUGUUGAGGAUCAGCGUGGCAGAUGUGUUGUUACCUAACCUUACCACCUGGGGGCGUGUGUCUGGAGCACUGCUGUAGUCCUAAUUGAAUUGCUCUAAGAGGACAAAUAAAGUCGUUUGAAUUGAAUUGCCAAAUGUUUUUCUCUUCUCUAAUCAGUGUGAGCCUGGUGGAGAGCGUCCCUGAAGGCCUAUUCUACCCACCGGAUUCCUCAUCCCUACCAAGCAUCUCUGAGACAUGGACUAAUCUACUGACCAGGGCCAACCGCUCUGUGGACAUAGCUGCUUUCUACUUCACCCUACGAGACACUGACCUGGGACUCACAGAGCCUAGUGCUGUACAGGUAGGAGGACACUGACCUGGGACUCACAGAGCCCAGUGCUGUACAGGUAGGAGGACACUGACCUGGGACUCACAGAGCCUAGUGCUGUACAGGUAGGAGGACACUGACCUGGGACCCACAGAGCCUAGUGCUGUACAGGUAGGAGGACACUGACCUGGGACUCACAGAGCCUAGUGCUGUACAGGUAGGAGGACACUGACCUGGGACUCACAGAGCCUAGUGCUGUACAGGUAGGAGGACACUGACCUGGGACUCACAGAGCCUAGUGCUGUACAGGUAGGAGGACACUGACCUGGGACUCACAGAGCCUAGUGCUGUACAGGUAGGAGGACACUGACCUGGGACUCACAGAGCCUAGUGCUGUACAGGUAGGAGGACACUGACCUGGGACUCACAGAGCCUAGUGCUGUACAGGUAGGAGGACACUGACCUGGACUCACAGGGACUCACAGAGCCUAGUGCUGUACAGGUAGGAGGACACUGACCUGGGACUCACAGAGCCUAGUGCUGUACAGGUAGGAGGACACUGACCUGGGACUCACAGAGCCUAGUGCUGUACAGGUAGGAGGACACUGACCUGGGACUCACAGAGCCUAGUGCUGUACAGGUAGGAGGACACUGACCUGGGACUCACAGAGCCUAGUGCUGUACAGGUAGGAGGACACUGACCUGGGACUCACAGAGCCUAGUGCUGUACAGGUAGGAGGACACUGACCUGGGACUCACAGAGCCUAGUGCUGUACAGGUAGGAGGACACUGACCUGGGGCUCACAGAGCCUAGUGCUGUACAGGUAGGAGGACACUGACCUGGGGCUCACAGAGCCUAGUGCUGUACAGGUAGGAGGACACUGACCUGGGACUCACAGAGCCUAGUGCUGUACAGGUAGGAGGACACUGACCUGGGACUCACAGAGCCUAGUGCUGUACAGGUAGGAGGACACUGACCUGGGACUCACAGAGCCUAGUGCUGUACAGGUAGGAGGACACUGACCUGGGGCUCACAGAGCCUAGUGCUGUACAGGUAGGAGGACACUGACCUGGGGCUCACAGAGCCUAGUGCUGUACAGGUAGGAGGACACUGACCUGGGACUCACAGAGCCUAGUGCUGUACAGGUAGGAGGACACUGACCUGGGACUCACAGAGCCUAGUGCUGUACAGGUAGGAGGAGAAAAGGGUUGAUUUUAGAUUUUUAACUCAUUUUUGGGUUUACAUGUUUGUUUGUUUUUAAGGAAAGAACAUUUACAUCUAUUAAUUUGUGCUUUGUGUUGUGAUGAUGAGAUAUGUAUAUAUAUAUAUAUAUAUAUAUAUAUAUAUAUAUAUAUAUAUAUAUAUAUAUAUAUAUAUAUAUAUCAGUCAUAUAAUCAUAUCAACAUCUCAAAUGACUUCCCCAUUCCAAGAGAACCAGUGGAUGUUUAGGAUAGCUGUGCCGUUGCGCUCUGUGUACAUAGUUUUCUCACUGAUCAGUUAUAUUUUGAUGUAACAUGGAUUUUAUUGCUCCCGCUGUGACCUGCAUGUGCUUUACAGGGAAAACAGGUCUUCAAGCAGCUGAUGGAACUUGAAGCAAAAGGAGUGAAACUUCAGAUUGCUGUUAAUGGUCCUCAGACUGAUACUCGAGACACGGCAGAUUUAUCUAGAACAGGUACGUGAAGCAGCUCUGUUUCCACAGCGGGUCCCUCUGGCCUUGUCUCGUGGGAUUUGUUUUUCAGGUUAUGCAUGUAUUCAGGAAAUUACUUGCAAAUGACUAUGUGGUUGUCUAUCCUACCUUUAGUUGAAUGCACUCUGUAUUCGCUCUAGAUACGAGUGUCUGCUAAAUUACCUAAAUGUAAAAGCCAGUGUUAAAAUACUGUAUCUUUCAAACAAUAUAUUUUUUAAGAUUGCUUGUUAUGUUUGUCUAACCUUUGCUUCCUUUCUGUGUUCAGGUGCAGAGGUACGGGAGGUGGAUCUCCAGUCAGUGACAGGAGGUAUCAUCCACACCAAGCUGUGGGUCGUGGAUCAGAAACACCUCUACCUGGGCAGUGCCAACAUGGAUUGGCGUUCCCUCACACAGGUAUUGAUAUAAUUUGCUUUUUAUAGAAAACAUCAUCUGAACUGAUGAUCAGGAAAACUGGUGAAACAGCAUGUCAGUUUGUAGUCCAGGCUGUAUAAAAUGUGAGCCAUGUAAGAAUUGAUGCAUCUCCUUAUCGUAUAUAUCUUCCAAUGCAUUAAUUGAUGAUUGAUUGAUUCACGAUUGAUUGGUGGAUUGAUUGAUUGAUCAUCUCUGUGCAUCUCAGGUGAAGGAGGUGGGAGUUUCCAUGGAGGACUGCAGCUGCCUGGCACAGGAUGCGUCAAGGAUAUUCGGGGUGUACUGGAACAUCGGUGCUCAGAAAAAUGGUUCCCUACCCCCCUUCUGGCCUGCCCGAUACUCUGCCCUCUCCAGCUCCGAGCACCCCUUGAAUCUCAAACUCAAUGGAGUCCCCGCACGAGUAUAUCUCUCUGUGAGUUGGAUCUUCUAGUUAUCUGAGUCCCAAAUGGCACCCUAUUCCCUACAUAGUGCACUACUUUUGACCAGAGCCCUAUGGGAGGAAAUGGUGUCAUUUGGGACAGACUUUGUCUAUUUAACCCCUUCCACUCAUAUUUUGCAUAAUGCUACUACUACUACUACUGAUAGUUAAACAAACUGUCCCAUUGUUUCAGAGUGCUCCACCUCAGAUAUCAGCUUAUGGACGCUCAGACGAUCUAUCCACCAUCCUCUCGGUCAUCGCAGACGCCCAGAAAUAUGUCUACAUCUCAGUCAUGGACUAUCUUCCAAUGUCCCAGUUCACUGAACCACUCAGGUCGAAUCAUAACUUCCACUUGUGUUGAAAUUUCACUUCUCCCAUUGACAUCAAUGCCCGAGUGAAAAUUUGACUUGAGUUAGGAUUCGCUCCUUUUAAUGAUUCUCUAACGUUAUGUAACAGUGUAUCAGAUUUUUAAUUAGGACAUUUAUUGGAUGUAUGUUGUGUAUAUGUUUUUAAACAUGUAACCAAUCAGGUACAUUUUUUUGUAUUAGGUUCUGGCCUGCGAUUGACUCAGCCAUACGGGCAGCAGCGUGUACUAGCGGGGUAGAGGUCAACAUUCUAGUAAGCUGCUGGUCACAUUCUCCGGGCUCCAUGUUCGUCUUCCUACAGUCUCUGACCGUCCUCAACAGACCUCCCCUGGGAUGCAACAUCAAUGUGGUACGUAUGCUGUUUCCAUUUCUCCACCUUUUUUUUUUUUUUUUAAACCAUAAAAAUACUUGGAAGACAGCUGAAGCGAGCACACCAUUUUCUUCGGGAAAUGUACCUUCCCUAGUUUUGCAUUCGGUUGUUGUCAUUAAUGUCCUGUGUCCGUGACGUGUCCUACAGAAAGUAUUUGAGGUGCCUUCAACAGCAGAGCAGAAGAAGAUUCCUUUCUCAAGAGUGAACCAUGCCAAGUACAUGGUGACAGACAGAGUCGUCUAUAUAGGUACUGCACAUCACGACUCACUACUCAUUGGACAAAAUGUCUGUUGUUUUUAUGGAUUUGAUUCUGCUGCAAAACCAACGUCUGCUGUUUUUUUUGUUUUUUGUUUUACAGUAUAAACAUCACAUUGCAAUUAGCAUUCUGAUGUACACAGAAACUUUGACCUGCCAUAUCAGUGCACUAACUUGUAUCUCGUAUUGUGUGAACACAGGAACCUCCAACUGGUCAGAGAACUAUUUCACCCACACUGCAGGUGUUGGGCUGGUGGUGAACCAGACAGGUUCUGUGGUGGGAGACGGUCAGAGGAGUUUACAGACCCAGCUACAGGAGGUCUUCUUAAAGGACUGGACGUCUCAAUACGCCCAAACCCUUUCCAAUGACGACGCCAAACACUGUGGUAGAUGAUGCUAACCGUGAUGGCCCGUGGCUCUGCAUCCCAAAUGGCACCCUA